CAGAGGUGGGGAAUGUUGAUUAGGAGGAAGAGAGUUAAAAUUUUAGAUAAUCCAAAGAACACGAACACUCCAUUGGGCAGUAUUCUCAGACCCAUUUCACUUAGUUGAUUUUAAUCUACUAGUAAAUCUACUUGCUUUAUUACAACGUCAAAUACACAUAAGAUUGCUAAGAUGUCGUCCACUGUUCUGUCUUUUAACAUUUUUCUCUAUAGAGAAAUGCGGGAAAAUUCUGUAGAAAAUUCACAAAAAAUUUAUAUUUCAGACUCGGCUUCUUUAACAAGUUGCUAAGUAAAUAAAUUUAAUUUAAUAAUGGAACAUAAUGAUGAGGUUAAGAUAAAUACUGUGAAACCUGGAAGAAAACGGAAAUUAGGAACGUCUGGCUCAAAAUGUCCACCAUUAGAAAAGGUAGAAAUGUCCGGUGGAAAGAGUAGAAGAAUGAUGACAAGUAUUGAACCUGCUCCACUCAGCUGUGAACCUGCGGCCCAGCAGGAAAGGGACAGCAUAGAUUACAAUAUAAGAAUAACUAUGGAUAUGGCAAACUCUGGAAGCGCUCCGAGGCGGAUUCGUGUAUAUGCAGACGGUAUCUACGAUCUAUUCCAUCAGGGGCAUGCCAGGCAGAUGAUGCAGGCUAAGAAUGUUUUCCCUAAUUCUGAAGUUUAUCUGUUGGUUGGAUGUUGUAAUGAUGAGCUAACACAUUCUAAGAAGGGUAAGACUGUUAUGACGGAUCUUGAAAGAUAUGAAGCUCUCCGCCACUGCAGAUACGUUGACGAGGUUGUAGUUGAUGCCCCCUGGACUCUAUCAGAAGAGUUCCUGGAGAAACAUAAAAUAGAUUUUGUAGCUCAUGACGAUGCACCCUACACUACCGGCAGUGAUGCGGAUGAUGUUUAUGCUCUUGUUAAGAAGAAGGGUAUGUUUGUUGCGACUCAGAGAACUGAGGGUGUAUCUACAUCUGAUAUAGUUGCUAGAAUAGUUCGAGAUUAUGAUACAUAUGUCAGGAGAAACCUUGCUAGGGGGUACUCCAGACAGGAGUUAAACCUGUCCUUCGUGAAGGGGCAGACGUACAAGCUGCAGAACAAGGUGGAUGAGUUUAAGAACGGGGUUCAUGACAGGUUUCAUAGAUGGGAGGAACAGUCCAAGGAGAUGAUCACAAACUUUCUUCAUAUGUUCGGAGGCCCCAGCUUCGACCAGAUAAUGAAUUCUGGAUUAGUUCGAGCAAUAUCACCAUCCCCCUCACCUCCAGGCUCUCCUCUACCUCCAGGCCAGCAUACAGGUCAACAGUAGGAGCCUGGAAAUCCUCGUGUUCCAGUAGAUUAGUAUAGUUUAGUACCACUAUCAGGAAAUAGAAGAGAAAACAAAAUGGCACAUCUUCUGCAACCAUCACUUCCUGGAAUCAGCUGAUAAUUAUUAGCGGACUAGGAGGAGCUAUUAUUUGUCUCCACCCUGGAACCAUUUAAUAGUUAAUAAUAUUGCAUUCAUAUUGCAUAUACAAUUUACAAUUAUCAAUAAUGUGAUUUAUAUAUUUCACAAUCACAUAACACCAGAUUACAAUUCUCACAAUUAAACAUUAUUAUUCUAUAGUUUAAGAUAUUAGCAACUAUUUUUCAGAAAUGACCAUUGAUAUGAUUAUUUUCAUUUUGAUACAUUUUUUAUUUCUUUAUUUAUUAUUUUCACUCUUGUUUUUUUAUAGUUUAUUUAAGUUUUAAAUUGAAAUAUUUAUAAAUUGGUGCGCUCUGUGAUUUUGCACCUAAGUCAUUAAACUUAAAUUAAAUAUAUAUGAAAAUAUUAACGCAUAAGCUUUGUUAUUAAGUAAAAUUUCACACGUUAUGAUGGAUUUAUCAAUUUAUCAAAAUUGUUCCUUUUAAAAACCUCACAAUAUAAACUAUUUGAAGUACUUGAUCAAAUUGUCUUCCAAAUUUAAUUAUAAUCCAGUAGAGUUAUGAACAAAUAUUCACAUUAAAUGUUUCAGAAA